GAGAAAAUCCCGGGCAAGGUUGGGGGAAAUAGGUCACAGUGGCUGGGUGGUGAGGUCACAGAGAGGUUUGUCUGACCCGGACUACAUAGGGGAGGGGCCUAGGAGGCAAAGCGGCCCCAGAGGUUCCCCAAGCCCAGGCAGGGGGCAUGGUGUGGGAAAGGCAGCAGGGACAAAGGCCAGGGAGCUGAGUACAAGAGGCCAAGGGGCCCAGAGAUUUGAGGGCAGGAGCAGUGAGGGGGCAGUCAGGAUGGUGAGGAGAAGCCAGAAACGAAAGCUGCCAAAAGUCACCGGGCUCUGCAGACCGGAGGAGGGGCUCAGGGUGAAGCGGAGCUGCCCUUCAUGUGGACCAGAGCCUGGGGGUGAAGAGAAGAAGGAGAGAGGAAACCCUGUAUCUAUUCAGUUGUUCCCCCCAGAGCUGGUGGAGCACAUCAUUUCAUUCCUCCCAGUCAGAGAUGUAGUCUCUCUAGGUCAGACCUGCCACUACUUCCACGAAGUGUGCGACUCUGAGGGCGUGUGGAGACGCAUCUGUCACCGGCUCAGUCCUCGACUUCAAGAGCAGGGUUCUGGGGUCCAGCCCUGGAAGAGAGCUGCGAUUCUGAACUACACGAAGGGCCUGUAUUUCCAGGCAUUUGGGGGCCGCCGCCGCUGUCUCAGCAAGAGUGUAGCCCCUGUGCUGGCCCAUGGCUACCGCCGCUUCUUGCCCACCAAGGACCACGUCUUCAUUCUUGAUUACACGGGGACCAUCUUCUUCCUGAAAAAUGCCCUGGUCUCCUCCACCCUUGGCCAGAAGCGGGCCUGCUGCUAUGUUGUGUUGUGUCACGGAGCCAAGGAUUUUGCCUCGGACCCGAGAGGUGACACAAUUUACCGUAAAUACCUCUAUGUGUUGGCCACUCGGGAGCAGCCGGGAGUGGUGGACACAGCCCACAGCCAGUCCUGCGACUGUGUUGAGGUCUACCUGCAGUCCAGCGGGCAGCGGGUCUUCAAGAUCACCUUCCACCACGCCAUGAGCUUCAAACAGAUGGCGCUGGUUGGUCUGGAGACCCAGCGGACCCUGCUGCUCCUCACAGAGGAAGGAAAGAUCUACUCUUUGGUAGUGAAUGAAGCCCAGCUGGACCAGCCACACUCCUAUACAGGUCAGCUGACCUUGAGGAAGGUGUCCCAUGACCUCCCUCACCUGCGUGUGGCCUGCAUGGCUUCCAACCAGGGAAGUACUCUCUACAUUACGGACCAGGGGGGAGUGUAUUUUGAGGUGCAUACCCCAGGGGUGUAUCGAGAUCUCUUUGGAACCCUUGAAGCCUUUGACCCCACGUACCAGCAGAUGCCGCUUCCGAUCUCACUGCCUGCCAAGGUCCUAUUCUGUGCUCUUGGCUACAAUCACCUUGGCCUGGUGGAUGAAUUUGGCCGAAUCUUUAUGCAGGGAAGUAACAGAUAUGGGCAGCUGGGAACCGGGGACAAAAUGGACCGAGGGGAACCCACACAGGUACGUUAUCUGCAGCAGCGCCCCGUCGCCCUGUGGUGUGGCCUCAACCACUCCCUGGUGCUGAGCCAGCGCUCAGACUUCAGCAAGGAGCUGCUGGGCUGUGGAUGUGGGGCCAGAGGCCGCCUGCCAGGCUGGCCUAGGGGAAGUGCCUCCUUCGUUAAGCUCCACAUCAAGGUCCCUUUGUAUGCCAGCUCCCUCUGUCCUACCAGAGAGUGCCUCUACAUGCUGUCCGGCCAUGACAUCGAGCACCAUCCCACCUACCGGGACCUACCAGCCAGCAGGGUGGUGGGGACCCCCAAGCCCAGCCUGGGGGCCGAAGCAGCCCAGGACCCUGAGGUGGUGGCGGCCCAGGCCUGUGAGCCGUACCUCGGCCAGAUCCACAGCUGCCCCACAUUGCAGGAAUGCAUGGAAACGACGAAGGUGAUCGUGGGCUGGAUGCCCUUGAUGGCUACACAGGAGGAUUUCUUCUGGGAGGCCCUGGACAUGCUGCAGAGGGCUUUUGGAGGGGUUGGCCAAGGCCCCCCAACCCCUGACAGCUGACCCCCCUCUCCUGGUCUCACCCCUGGAGGGAGGGUCUGGCCCUGGGCCGGGGGCUAAGGAGAGGUGGAAUGACAGCAACGAAUGCUGCGCGUGGGGAGGGGGAUGCAGUGGGCUAGAGCCUGCUAGACAUGUCAGGGUGGGACUGUUUUGUAAAAUGUUCAGGGAGCUGCCCAGGAGGGGCCCCCAACCUGAGAUGGACAAAAGAUUUGAUGGACAAAUAGAAUAAAAGGCUGAUUGAGGCCCGGUUUGUAACCCUGGGGCCUGGGAGGAAUGCGG